AUGGACUUUUUCAAAUCAGUUUUCUCAGAUGAUCUUGAGCUCUCCGAUUCACAAAAUACUACAUCUUCAUCUUCAAAUUCACAAUCGGAGGACCCAAAACCCUCAUCGCCAUCGUCAAACCAAUCUACUCCCCAUGUUGCAAGCAUCACCAAUGCCUGGACUUUCGGUUCCACCUUAUUCAAAACCAUAGCCACGAAAUCCGAGUCCGUAAUCGGAACCUACCGUCGCGAUCUCGAAGACUUCAGCUCCGGAUUGAAGAAGGAGACACUGACGAUCCGCGAAGCCGCCAGCCGAGCCGUAAAGGACCUACCGGCUCGUCUGGAGACCGGUGCAGCUGCCGCUCAAGAGUCGCUUGAGUCCGUCGGCCAAGCCAUCGACAACAUCGGCUCCACCGUCUCAGAAAUCAUUGUUCAAGGUAAAAAUUCGAUUCUUGAUAAUGAUUCCGAUACUGAAUUGUAUGAUUCUGACAAAAAUGAUGUUAAUUUGGGUUCAAAUGCAAAACCAUAUAGUAGAGUAGAUGCUACAAUUCGUGCCAUUCAAUGUGAUUUGAAAACGUAUUGCGAGGAAGCGGAGGAUUUGGAUGAUUAUAAUGAGUGGAAAAUGGAGUUUAAAUUAGAAGAACAAACUGGGGAAAUUGAGGAUUUGAUAGAGGAAAAUAAGGUGAUUGGAGAGAUUUAUAAUGAGGUUGUGCCGAGUCAAGUUGAUAAAGAAACCUUUUGGGGAAGGUAUUUUUACAGGGUCUAUAGGGUAAAGAAAGCGGAGGAGGCAAGAGCUAAGCUUGUGAAGAGAGCGGUUUCCGGGGAAGAAGAGGAAGAGUUGAGUUGGGAUGUCGAUGAUGAUGAGUAUGGUGAAGAGAGUGGUGGUUCUAAGUUAAACAUUGCUUCGGAAAGAGAAAUUGUAGAAGAGGAUUCGUUGGAAAAGAAUAUUUGGAAGUCUGCAGGUGAAACUGAAGAGGUGGGCUUUUUUAGAGGAAAUGAGGACAAAGGGGGUGUUUCUCAAUCAAAAGGUGAUUGUGGUGUUGAUGAGAAAGAGGAGUUAGAAGCAAAAUUGGUGGAGUUUGAAUUGAGUGAUGAUAAAUUGGGGCUGAAAUCUGAGGAGAAAGUGAGUUCAGAAGGGAAGAAUGAUAAUAGUGAUUUUUCUGUUGUCUCAAGCCAACCAUCAUCCCACGAGGAAGAAGAUCUUGGCUGGGAUGAGAUUGAAGAUAUUGGGAGCGGUGAUGAGAGCAAGGUGGAUGUGGCUGCACGUGGGAGCCCAAAUAGAGCUGAUUUGCGACAGCGGUUGAGUGCUGCAGAUGAAGAGGAAGAUCUGACCUGGGAUAUUGAGGAUGAUGAUGAGCCUGUUAAGACACGGUCAUGA